GUUUGUAGGGUAGGCUUUGCCCUUCAGCCAGAUGGAACUACAUGUAGAGAUGUCAGCUUUUGUACAUAUGAUGGUAUACUGCAUUUGGCUACUGAAACCUGGUCUGAUGGAAAAUGUUCAGAUUGUAGUUGUGUGGAUGGCAGGGCAGAAUGCAUCGAAAGAAAGUGUCCAGUUGUAGAGUGUGCUAUGCAUGAGCAAUUAUUUCAUUUCCCCGGUACUUGUUGUCCUUCAUGCCUGACAGAGCCAGCGAGGUGCACCAUCUUACCAAAAGGAAAGCUCUGGACAUUUGAUGACCACUCGUUUAUCUCAAAUGGCGACUGUCGUUACUCCAUGGCAACAGAUUAUACAACUGGACACUUUUCAGUGGAAGUUGAACAUAAUGAGUAUUUCACAAGGCGAGCUAUUUAUCUCACUCUAGAUUGCAUCACUGUACACAUUGAUUUCAGCGGUUCGGUAACCAUUUCAGGUGUACCUGUAAAACUUCCUUAUAUUCAUGGCAACCCCAAAAAUGUACUUGUAAGUAGAUUUGGAUCUUCUACAAUCACUAUUGUUACGAAUCUUGGUGUGAAAAUUAUCUGGAAGGAAAAUGGAAAAGUGACUAUUUUUGUACCUAAACAUUAUCAUGGACAAAUGGCUGGAUUGUGCGGAGACAUGAAUAACAACAAAAUGGAUGAUACUAUGACAAGACAAAUGUUACCAGCAAAAAGCACCAAGGAGCUGGUACACAGCUGGAAGGUUGAAGGUUACACCCACUGUAAAAAAGAAAGCAAAAGCAUAAAUGAAAAUAUCAUUAUCAACACUGCCAACAAUAAACAAUUUCCAGCGUGUAUUGGGAAACACCAACAUGUGAUUGAGUACGCGCGGUCUGAGUGCCAGGAUAUUUUGACAAGUCCACUUACAGAUUGCCAUCAGUAUGUCGACCCUCAAGACUACUACUCACUGUGUAUGCAGGAUUCUUGUGUGUGUGGCCUGAAUAAUCCGUGCUACUGCGAAUCCUUAACAGCAUACGUUUUAGAAUGUCAACGACAAAAUGUAAAUCUUCAAAAUUACAAUGUCAAGCCAUCAACUUGCAGUGUGAUUUGCGAACCUAGUUUUGUGUACGAUGAAUGUGGACCAGCGCAGGAAUGUCAGCCAACGUGCUAUGAUAAUAAGAGCACACCAACAUGCUGGUACAUGCAAUGCAAACCUGGCUGCCACUGUUCUGCGGGACGUGUGUUACACCAGGGCCGUUGCAUUAAAAAAACAGACUGCCCCAGGAUAUAAACUAACCAUUAUUUGAUAAUUCAUGUCCUAUUAGAUUUAGCUUCUUUGCUAAAACAAGAUGUGUACAAACUGUUCUUUCUACGGGAAACUCAACUAUUCAAUUUACAAACCCUAGGUGUGACAGAAUUGUGUUUUUAAUAAUGAAAUAAAAAAUAUUUUGCCUGUAGGUUGCACUAAUUUUAUAUAAAAAAAAUAAAUUAACAAUGUUAAGUCUAAAUAGCUUAGACAAUUAUAAGGAGGUGAACAAUUAUAUGAAGCAAAACUACAAACAAUUUUUAAACAAUUUUGUCUAAUUAAAAUGUAACUACAUGCAUUUCAGAUCAAUCAAGUACGAUUUAUGAUUCAAUUCAGAAAGAAGUAAUCAUUUAUUGAUGCUCAGAAAUUAGCAAAAAUGACGAAAUGAUUAAAAUGGUAGAAUGUAUUUGAAAUGAAUAAAAAAUAUUCCUAACAUGAUUACAUAAUUAUAUAUUAUUACAAGAGGAUCUAGUACUUUACAUUAAUUGCAAUUAUAAUAGUAUUUUUCCUAACCGUGAAAUUAGUGUGCUUUUGUGUAUUAAAAAUAGAGAGAAUAAUUAUGAGAAAAAAAUAUUUAAAAUAAACUAUGUCACUUUCAAUCAAAUUUCAAUACAAAAACUCAUUUAGACAACAGAACUUCAAAAUGAUGUUGUGGAUAGGUAUAUCUCGAUGACAUACAAAGUUGGGGGCGGGGCAUUUGAGCAUACAACUGAUUAACAAUUUCAAUAUGCUUGAAGUAAAUUUCUGAAACAGAUAUGUUAAUAUACUAUUGAUAUGGCGCAGAAAACAUGAUCUGAGACGCGGAUUUUUUUGAAGAAGCCCUGCUUAUUUUUUUAUAAGUGUUAUUUAAUAAAAUAUUAAGCAUUGUCUCAGUAAUUAAUUAUAUUACAAUUUUAAAAUGCUUCGAAAGACGCAAUACUAACAAAUGUGAACAUUUAUUUUUACCAUACAUGGUACCACGAAUUCUCGGACUCAGAUCUAAACCGAGACUUUAAAAGGUAACAUUUUUACCAUCAUGUUUGUUUUUAUUGCUCAUGGAAUCCAAACAUGUAGUAUUUUCAUGUAGUAUUUUUUUUUUUUAUAAACGAUGUGUUUGUAAUGUAUACAAGAAGUGAUGAGUUAACAUGCUUUAGGAUCAUAGUAACAUUUAAAAAGUAAUCUGUGAUAGGCGAUUUAUUAUUCCGUAAUUUUCAAAAGUUAUAACGUAGUAUCAACAGUUUUAGCAAAUCUUAAAAAUAUUGCUCUAUUUUAAAGUAUCUUCACGUUUUAUUCUCCUUUUAGUGUUUGGUGUUUAUUUUUAAAAUUGUAUUUUCAUCGGUAAUGUUUCUAUGUAACCUCUUUUCAACUUUUUCAUUUUGCCGUGUAAAACCAAUUUUCUGUAUAUAUUUUUAACAGACAAUAAAGUUUCUUGAAUCUUGAAUUAUUUAUUGCAUUUUAUGCAAUUAUUUAAAGGAAAACCGUAAGAAAUCAAAGAGAAUGCAAAUUUAGUCUCCUGGCCAUGGCUCAGAAUCAGAUGGUAGAACAUCCGAACCGUUGGAAGGUCUAUAGAUAACAAAACAAACUGACGAAAAAACAAAGGAGUAAAAGAAUAAUCAGAUAACAUCAAUCAUUUUCUGAUGAAGUAUCGAUGUGAAAAACGCGGACAAAAUAGGCCUAAUACUUGAAUUCAGGUCAGCGGUACUGGCGACCAUCCUGAGUAAAAAUUCAAAGCUGACAUUUUCAUAUAUUCCUCCACCAUGACUAACAGAUUGCUAGUACUACACUGCUUAUGCAAUCUUAAUAAGAAUAUUAACAACACAGCUAUCAGUUGUGUAUGAAAGUUUGUUGUAGCUGUAUUUUGAUGUGCAAUACAAUAUACUAUUAGAUAGUAAAGAUAUUCGCCUUGAUAGAGGUUGCAGGUUAGAGGUUUUUAAAAAAUCACCGACUGUACAAAAACUAUUUCUAACGAGAUUUGCUUAUUAAUACGAUAAUAACAUAAUUGUUUAAUAUAUAUUAGAACACUUGUUCACGUGCAUUUCAAAGAAAAUGUCUUAUGUAUAAUUAUACUGUUAAGAUUUUCACUAAUACCG